AUGACAUCUUCAUAUCCUCCCGAGAUUUCGACAAAAGAAUCAGAACAACUUCUCGUAACCAUCAAAGAUUGGUCUAUAGCUCAUGGAUUGGCCGUAAGGCCUCCACCGACAUUUUUGUCUACAGAAGCAGAUCCUCACGGUGUCUUAGCGACUACUGCUCCAGUCACUCUCUUUCCAAGUCCUUUCCCUCGGAUAUGCUUUGAGCAAGCCAAAUCAGUCCAGAAAGCUUAUAAUCUCUUAUACGCAUCGAUUUCUCAAGAUGAGGCCUUUCUUAAAGAUAUCGUUCAAGAAAUCCUCGAAGUAGAUGACUUCAUUGCCGAACUUUGGCGUGUUCAUGUAAAAGUCAAGAGUGAAGGUUAUGUCCAGAAUCUUUCUUUGGGCCUUUUUCGAUCAGAUUACAUGGUUCAUCAGGAAACAUCGGAUGCAACGCCUACGAUUAAGCAGGUCGAAUUCAAUACUAUUGCUUCUUCAUUUGGAGGAUUAUCCUCCCAAACUUCACAAUUGCAUAAAUAUCUUUCCUUGGGUGAUUAUAGCCUUUUCAAUAAGGAUGCAACUAAAUCGCUGGAUCUCCCUGAGAAUACAAGUACCAGAUCAUUAGCAUUAGGAUUGUUAUCGGCUUUUGAACACUACAAGGGAGCCGCCCCCAACUCUGACUACGAUUACUGUACAAUCUUCUUGGUUCAAACACCAGAAAGAAAUAUCUUUGAUCAAAGACACCUUGAAUAUGAACUUCAAAAGCGCGGUGUACCAGUAUUUCGACUAGCAUUUUCAGAGGUUCUUACCCAUACCACAAUAGCUCAGACUCCAAAGAGAGAGUUGUUAUAUUCACCAUCAAGUAACCCCUCGAAGAAAUUUGAGGUUGCUGUUGUCUAUCUCCGUGCGGGAUAUGGUCCCCAAGAUUACACAACUGAAUCUGCUUGGGAGGGUCGUUUUCAAAUCGAGCGGUCAAAUGCAAUUAAAUGCCCAUCAAUUUUGACUCAAUUGGCUGGAGCCAAGAAAGUUCAACAAGUACUUGCUACACCAAGAACUCCCUCUACACCUUCAAUCCUAGAUCGCUUCGUCAAGACAAAUGACGCGGAUCUCGAGAAACUGGAAGAUACAUUUACAAACAUUUUCCCACUCGACGAAACUCCAGCAGGACUCGAAGCUCGUAAAAUCGCUGUCGAUCCAGAACGCUGUAACGGAUAUGUCCUGAAACCUCAACGGGAAGGCGGCGGUAAUAACAUCUACCGCUCCGCAAUCCCUCCGUUCCUCAAGUCUCUUCCAGAGUCUCAUUGGAAAUCCUUUAUCCUGAUGGAAAUUAUCACUCCUCCACCUGUUCACAACAUGAUUUUGAGAAACGGUGUUAUUGAAAAGGGUGGUGUAAUCUGUGAGCUCGGUAUUUAUGGAACAUGUCUAUGGGAUCAAACAACCUCGCAAAUUUUGCAUAACGAGGAAGCAGGAUACCUUCUCCGAACAAAGGGUGAUAAGAGUGAAGAGGGUGGUGUGGCUGCUGGUUUUGGGUCUAUGGAUAGUGUGGCUCUUGUUUAG